AUGGGACUCCCCGCCGUUCUGCGAUCCCGCUUGAAGGGCGGCAGCAACAACAACGAGAAGCAUGACCCCUCAUCAACAUCUAGCCCUACGACCCACGAUCAGACCGGCACUAUGGGCGCCGAGGCAAGCACUAUCGCCUCUCACAAACGUGCAACCCGCAUGCGCCGGAACUUUGCCUUGAGCGCCUCAUUCGCCUACCUCCUAUCCUGGAUCUUUCUCGUCCUCGUCCUCAUCGGCAACACCCGUAACGUAGCCGUACUCCGGGGCAUCUACUUCUUCAAGCUCGACCUAGCCGACAUCAUCCCGACCUCCGUCCCCAACGCCAGCCUAAUCAACAGCAUCGCCCAGUCCAUCGGCCUGCACGACUUCUACCAAGUCGGCCUAUGGAACUUCUGCGAGGGCUACAUCGGCGACAUCGGCAUCACCUACUGCUCCCCACCGCAAACCCUCUACUGGUUCAACCCAGUCGAGAUCCUUAUGAGCGAGCUCCUCUCCGGCGCCACCAUCGCUUUACCAACCCAGGUCAUCACCAUCCUCGACGUCCUGCGCAUCACCUCGCAGAUCAUGUUCGGUUUCUUCCUCACCGGCGCCGUCCUCGCCUUUGUGCUUGUCGCCCUCUCCCCGCUGGCUGUCUCCUCGCGCUGGUGGAGCUUACCGCUGGCUAUUGUGUCCUUUGUGGAGAUGCUGCUGCUAGUGGCGGCGAGUAUUGUGGCGACCGCCAUCAGCAUUGCGUUCAAGUAUGCUGCGGAGGCGCAGAGUGAUUUGAAUAUUCAUGCUGAGGUGGGCGUGCGCAUGUUUGUGUUUAUGUGGCUGGCAACGGGGUUUAGUGUGUGGGCGUUUGCGGUACAUUCGGGGAUGGGGUGCUGUUGUACGUCGAAGCGGGAUUUGAGGAUUGGGAGGCGGGUGAUGAGGGAUGGGAGGGGGGUGAGGAGGUCGAUUCAGUAG